AUGUCGGGCUCUUGGUCGAUUGUCCUGACUCUCCCUCUCGCGGCUCUGCUUUGGGGUAAUCCGUUGUCUCCGUCUAAUUCGAAGUCGAUUGACCUUCCCUGGCCCCCUGUUACUUCUUCAACAUUGAGAGAAGCCCUACCAGAAUCGGUUCAUGUAUCUCCAGAAUUCAUUUCUAAAGGCUUGACAGAGACCCGUGUCAAUGGCAGCGGAGAAUCAGUAUUAAACUUCACUAAAACCGGAGACAUCUACACCUUGGAUUAUGGAGUUGACGUGGCUGGAAAGGCUACAUUUGAGGUAUCAGAAAUAAAGGGAAACCCUCAAAUUGAGGUCAAAUACAGCGAAGCUUUCAACGGUCUGUUGGUUCCUCAAAGUGAUGGCCCCUUCGCAUUUUCAAAUGCUUUGGCUGGUACGUUUCGUAUUGAGACGUUUAAUAUUACGAAGAUCGGGCCUUUAGACGGCUUUUUCAUCCAAGGAUCACAGAGAUGGCAGUCUAUCAAACUUGUCAAAGGUGAAAAAUUGGUGAUAAAGAAAAUCGGAAUCACCCCCACCGUAGAUCAGACUCCGAUUUCAUCGAUCAAAGGAUACUUUGCAUCCAGCAAUGCAUCGUACACCGAUAUUUGGGCUCUUGGGCCGCGAACGCAACAGUUGGCUUGCUAUGGUCCGGGCUCUCAAACAUCGAGUUGGGAAAUAACACCAAAUGGUGCCUACAUUCGAGGACAAAAGCCCGCCUCAACUGCACGUGUUCCUAAUAUUUCCAACUAUACCCUGACGUUUGAGACUAUGAUCGAUUUCGGUGGUACCGGAUGGAGAGUUGACACGGAGAUAGAUGCUAUUCAGGCUACCGGUCCUAUUUUCAUUCUGACUAGCAACUAUCCGGAAGGAUCGUUUGCAAACAUCGAUCGAUCUUUAGUGCCCCCAAACACGCUUGUUCUUGGUCGAGGUUGGUCGCUGCAAAAUCAGACAAGCCUACCUGGAUAUGUGCUUGACAAGUUUUCAAUCGGAUUUAAUGUCACCGAGAAAACCUGGCACACCAUCAAGACUGAAUCGCCAGGUGACGAUACAUACAGUGUGUACUUGGACAGCCACAGAAUCGCCCAUUUCAACAUCAGCUCUUACGGCCUAGGCGAUCCCAACCCUUACAUUCAGGGCGGUGCGACCAAGAGCUUCGCGUUCGGGCCAUGGCAAGAUCAGGCUGCCUACGUAAGAAACGUGAAUGUGACUCUCAGCACAGGAGAGAACGUCUACAGUAACCCAAUGACAGACUCGGAUGUGCUCAUCGAAUAUGGCGUUCACUCAAAUGACAAAUAUGCCUGCUCCGAUUCUGGCAAGCGAGAUCGGUACGACUGGCUAGGCGAUCGAUUCGUUUCUUCGCGUGUCAUAAUGGCUAGCACUCAUCAGAGCGAGUAUGUCUGGGGUCCAGCAGAGCAAAUGUUCUCAAGACAGACCUCUUCUGGUCAGAUUCCCAUCAACACACUGUUCAGCCCCCUGAACAUGGAAAGCGCAUUGAUCCGCGCAGCCAAUGUUGAUCCUUUGCUUGUGGACUAUAACUUCGAUUUCAUGCAAACGAUAUAUAACUACUGGUACAGCUCUGGCAAUGAUACAUUUAUCAAAGCUCACUGGCCUCAGAUGGUAGCAAGUACAAGUUACGCUAUGUCACGUUCUCUUGAUCCCGCGACAAAGCUGUUCGGGGCUCCAAGUGGAGCCCUGGGAUUGCCUCUCUCUGGGCAAAAAGGGCAAGCUCUCGGACCCGCUGUUACAGUCUCCAUGAUACUGGGGUUAGAGAGAUUAGCUGAUAUGGCCGACUACCUUGGUUAUUAUGAUUCCGCUAACAGAUACAAAGAACAAGCUCGUCUGUCUAGGAAUGCGAUAGAAACUCUUCUCUGGAAUGAGACAGGAGGAUAUUUCACAUCCACACUCGGUGGAACUGACUUUGAUGUCUUAGAUAUUGCGCAGGUUCUUCUGGCAAAGAUUGGAACGACCGAGCAGCGGACAAGAACCAUCGAGAGGCUUGUAGACCUUCAAUUUCCUGCUGGAUAUUCGAAUGGGACUCGUUAUGUCAACACUCCAGGCAUUGUGAACCCUUAUUCCAUGAGUUUCCUACUAGAGGGUCUUGCAAUGUCCAAUGAGACCGAAAUGGCGCAAAACCUGCUCGACGCGACAUGGGGUCCAAUGGUACGCAGGGAUAGCAAUUAUACGGGCGGAUAUUGGGAAUACGUUAGUCCUGAUGGGGCAUACCCAGGCAUUGAUCUAUUUACAGGACUGAGCCAUUUCUGGGGUAGCUAUCCAACUGUCUUUCUUACUGAGCAUGUACUUGGAAUUCGUGCCGCAUCCGUUGGGUAUAAAGAGUUCGUGUUUGCUCCCCUGACUGGAUUCAAGACAAACUGGGUUCAAGGGCGAGUACCAACUCCUCAUGGUAUCAUCUAUGCUGCAUGGGGCUAUGGUUCCAAUGGAAAAAUUAUAAUGGAAAUUGAAGCUCCCAAAGGCGUGAAAGGGAAGUUGGUUCCUCCGUUCGAUGGAAGUUAUUCGAUCGCCGACAGGACUGGCCUUAUUGGAAAUGCUACUGUUUCUGGUGGAGUGAAGGUAACAAUCAUGCAGAUUUAA